AUGCCCGAAUUAGAAACUGACUCUUUUAUUACUCCUGCUACAGCACCACCAAACAUUUCAAGUACUUCUUCAAAUUGUUCACAAAAAAGUUCUAUUAAACGGAAGAAAAAACAAUCAAACAAUGAUUUUGAAAGUGAGUUGUUGAAACUCGAGGAACAGAAACUAACUGCAUUACUUCAAUCGAAUUUAACUCCAGUUAUAACUGAUGACGAAGACAUGUUAUUUUUAAAGUCACUUCAUCCAUAUUUUUCUUCUAUGAACCCAUUACAAAAACUGCGCAUAAGAAACCAAAUUCAGACUGUAUUUAUAAAUGAAUUAUCAACCCCACCACAACAGCCACCAUCAUUUAAUGAAGAAAUAUCAUAUCCCUCUUCUACCCCAUACCUUCAUCAGUAUUCUUCUCAACAAAUGCAUUAUCAAAAUACACGUGCAGGAUUGUCAUCAAACAUGCAUAUCCAACAGAUAAUCAACCCAACUAAUAAUAUACAAGACGGAACAUUCGAAAAUACACCUGCUCCAAAUUUUAAUUUUUAA